AUGUCCAUCGCCAAGACAGUCCUUCACAAGUUUGUUGGCUACCUGGAGGCGCAGGCCUCGGAGCUGAUCUGGAAACCUCGGUGCUCCGCGACAAUCGCAUGGGAACAAAGCCAGGGCAUCUCUGCCAAGGAUAAGACAUCCAAAUAUACAGGCCCCCGAGGUGAUUGGAGUCAAGGAUACGGUUACAUCACGCACGAUGGUUUCUCGACAAUUGUUGCGCAGAGCCAGGUUCUGGACCGGACUGCGACUGGCGGAUGGUGCACUGAAGAGUUUGGUCUGUAG